AUGAAGGAAACGCCGACGUCGGCCGUAAACCGCGACGACGACAGCCUAGGCUCGCCAGCCAUCAAGUUAUUCAAGCCGGUGACGCCGAGAAAAUUAGGUAUUAAGUGCCCGCCGUCGCUCCGAAACCGCGUGCAAUCGACGUGUCUGGACGACGCGGCGCACCUGAAGACGUACAUGCGGUUGUGGGUGCUCGUGGAGGUGCUCUUACUCUUCCACGACCAAUUUCUGAUUCCACAGGGCGGCUUUGCGACGUUUGUGUACCCACAACUCGCGGCCUUCGCCCUCGCGUUCCUCGUGCCGAACGCGUGGACGUUCGCCGCCGCAUUCCUCGCCAGAAGCGCCAUGUACUUCGCGCAAGCGCCGGCCAUCUGGGAGAGCAAUUAUUGGGCGACGCUAGCAGACCUGGCGUUCGUUAUCAACGCGAUCACGGCACCCGACCGCGACGCGAUCCGCCAGAGCGCGGGCCCGGUCCGGACUGUUGUAGGUCUCUUUUACUUUGGAUCCGGUUUCUGGAAGAUGAACACGGCGUUCCUCAGCCCGAAAGUGUCGUGCGCUUGUAUUUACAUGUCGUCUCUAUUCGGAAUGGCGCCUUCCAUGCCAACGCGAUUGGUUCAAUUGGCCAUCCGAUCCGCGCCGCGCCUCACGGCCGGGGGCGAGCUCCUACUCGGAACGUGUCUCCUUAUACCGGUGCACCGGGCGCGGCGCGUCGGCGUCGUCCUCGCGGCCAUUCUGCACUUCACGAUCGCCAUCACGCCGGCCCCGAACGCAGUUCCGGCCUUCGGCGCGUUUUGUAUGGUACGCAUGUUCUUCGCGCUGCCCGAGGCCUGGAGCGCCGCGAUUCAAGAGGUGCUAUCAAUGCCCUUGACGCUCGGUGGGUUCGUUGCGCGGCUAGCUGCCAUCGCGGUCGUGGCCGCAUCGACGACAUUCGACGGCAACACACCUCCCGGCGUGGUCGACUGGGCCCUGCCCGCGGUGACGGCGUUGUGUCUGUUGGGCGUCCGUGCGGUGACGCUCGACCUCGCGCGGGCAGAGCCUUUCCGCAAAAAUACGGGACGCCUUCGGAAAACCGGCAAUGCCGCAUUGCUCGCACUGGUUCUCUUCUACGUCUUCGCCGCGUUGCCACUAGGAUUAAUGGACAUCAGCGCAACGUCGCCGUUCUCGCAGAUUCGCGCUCACGGCGGCAGCAACCAUCUGUUCAUGCCAAUGGCCACGCCGAACAUCGUCCGCGUGACACGAAGCACCAGUUCUUACAUCAACAACUUGUAUCCGGGUGAAACCUCGGAACUACUGCCGCCACGCGCCGUCGAGCUCCUGGAGGGGGCGGGACACGCCGCGAUUCAAUUCAUGCCUACGGUUAUGAUAGUGCUCGGCCAAAGGUUCAGAGAGUCCCUGCCGCAUCCGUUCAGCCCAUACACAGUCCCCGCGCUCGAGUUACGACGCGUUCUGGCAGAGGCGCGUGCGGCAUCGUCAGAACCGUUCGUUAUUGAGUACGACAAGCUGCCCGGGACCGUCGGCGACGAAGCUUGGCGCCAAGAAGCUGUGGAGUCCACGGUGCGACUCUCCGAGAACGGGCGUGGCGGACGGAGCUGCCGUAUCCGCGCCGCGGGCGCGUAUUUCUGGAAGGCUUGUGCGGACGACGAGCCGGUCCUACUACCGCCACCAAGCGGUUGGCUCGCCAAAAUACGCAUAUUUUUCCCCUUGCCGGUGCACGCGGGCCUCGACGAGCUGCCGUGUAUUGACUAA